AUGUGGAAAAGGCAGCAGGCCAUUCAAGCAAAGAGGAACAUCCAGCAGAUCUUACAAGCUCAGCUCCUGACCCAUAAGAGCAUGUUCAAGAGGAGGGAAGUGAAGCCAAUGGACCCAGACCGACAACACUCAGAGGCUGAGAAUGGUUUGGAGGAGAAAAAGAAGAUCUGCAGGUCGCCAACAGCCCAGUCCCCUACCCCGUCCUGCGAGGCUGAGUCCCCAGACCAGAAGAGAAUCAUUUCCUUGCGGUCAAAAUCCAGUUUUGAUGGUGCCUCUUUAGCAAGUGAUAAGAACGACUGUAAAACAGAAAGCAAAAAUGAAUCUAAGAUGGACAGGAAGAAGUCUUCGUCUUCCAGCCAGUAUAAGGCAAACAUGCACUUCCACAAGCUGUUUCUUGAUGUCCCAACCGAAGAACCAUUGAGGCAGAGUUUUACGUGUGCUCUACAGAAAGAGAUAUUAUACCAGGGGAAGCUCUUCGUAUCAGAAAACUGGAUUUGUUUUCAUUCCAAGGUGUUCGGAAAAGACACUAAGAUCUCUAUUCCGGCUUUCUCCGUCACCCUAAUAAAGAAAACCAAAACUGCCCUUCUGGUGCCAAAUGCCCUGAUUAUAGCGACAGUCACAGACCGGUACAUAUUUGUCUCCUUACUCUCCAGAGAUUCCACUUACAAACUACUAAAAUCUGUGUGUGGACACUUAGAAAAUACAAGUGUUGGGAACAGUCCCAACCCGUCUUCUCUUGAGAACAGUUUCCGGGCAGACCGCCCUUCAUCUCUGCCUCUGGAUCUCAACGAUGAAUUCUCAGAUCUGGAUGGAGUAGUCCGACAAAGAAGGCAAGACAUGGAAGGAUACAGCAGUUCUGGUUCCCAGACUCCCGAAUCCGAGAACUCUCGAGAUUUCCAUGUGACAGAAUCCCAGACAGUUCUGAAUGUCUCCAAGGGAGAAACAAAACCAACUCGGGCAGAUGCCCAUGUGAAUAGAGUGCCUGAAGGAAAAGCCAAGAGUCUCCCUACACAUGGUCAGUCAGAAACCAUUGGAAUCUUACACAAAGUAAAGCCUCAGACAUGUACGACUCUCCACCAUAUUCUUAUUUUUUACGCAAUCGUUGUCUGUGCACUAAUCAUCUCGACCUUCUACAUGAGAUACAGAAUUAAUACUCUGGAGGAGAGGCUGGGGUCACUAACCUCCACUGUGGACAUUCAUCAUAAUGAACAGACAGCACCAUCCGGCCUGGGGUCACAAGUCCAAUUAAACGUGGAGGUCCUCUGCCAAGAGCUUACAGCUAACAUAAUGAAAUUAGAAAAGAUACAAAACAACCUACAGAAGCUGCUUGAGAAUGGUGACUGAAGGACCACAUUGUUCGGGCC